AUGACUAUAUCUACGCAAAUAGAUCGCGAAUAUGAGUCAGAUAUACUGAAAAACGCAAAAAGAAUAAAACCUUCCACCCAAUACAAUGAAAAAGCAAGUCCGCUUGCAACAUCAGAUCUUACUGAAAAUUCUAAAAUUUCAUUGGAUUUCACAAACCAUUUAGCUGACGAAAAAAAACCGGAGACCCCGACUUGGGCUUUAACGUCACAAAAAUCACGAGCCAAUUCGAAAGACUCUUCAUUACCUACGACACUCAAUGGAUUU